CGUUUUCUUGGAAUUCAGAAAUAAGGGAAGUUUGAGGAGAUAUCUGCCUUGCCCAUCCAAUAUGUCCGUUUCAACUGCCACAUUCCGCCCUGAUAUGUCCGCCUCCCUUCAGGACACAUCUGCCACAUUCCGCCCUGAUAUGUCCGCCUCCCUUCAGGAUACAUCUGCCGCGUUCCGCCCUGAAUUGGCGGAUGUAUCCGCCCCCCAGCCAGCAUCCAGAUUGAAUCAGAGAGAGAGAAAACCAGGGAUAGACCCAGAAUUGGAAAGAAAAUAUAAGGUCGGGAAAAUGCUCGGUAAAGGAGGGUUCGGAGUAGUUUACGCUGCAAUUAGACUAAAGGACGGUGUCAAAGUCGCUGUUAAAGUCGUAACAAACUCAAAAAUCAAGCAUUGGACGGAGUUGAAUGGAGUCCGUGUACCGAUGGAGGUGUACGUAAUGGAGCGUGUGAGAGGGGUGGAGGGGGUGGUGGAGAUGUUGGAGUAUUACAGAAGGGAGACCGUAACUAUCAUUGUCAUGGACCGUCCCCAACCAUGCAAGGACCUAUUUGACUAUAUAACAGAGAAAGUUUUACUAGAGGAACAAGUUGCUAGAAAUUUCUUUAACCAGGUAGUAGAAACUGUGCUGGCUUGUAAACGUGAAGGAAUUGUACACCGAGACAUCAAGGAUGAAAACCUACUCGUUGAUCUUAGGAAAAUGGAAUUGAAGCUGAUAGAUUUUGGUUCGGCUACUCUUCAUCAGCAUUCACCAUACACAGAAUUCGACGGUACCAGGGUGUAUUCUCCUCCCGAAUGGAUCUUAAACUCACAAUAUCAGGCGGAUGCAGCCACUGUGUGGUCUCUUGGGAUUCUUCUCUAUGAUAUGGUUUGCGGCGAUAUUCCUUUUGAGACAGACCAGCAAAUUGUUCGCGCGGAGCUGAAGUUCAGAUCUCGAGUUUCUAAUCAAUGCCAGGAUUUAAUCUCUCGCUGUUUAGAGGUUGAUUGCUCUAAACGAAUGCCUCUCGCCUCAAUUCCGGAGCACCCCUGGUGCUCUCAGAGCAACGACUGUUCUGAAGGAGCUUCCUGGUGCUCUGAAGCUGUUGAUUACUCCUGGAGUGUCCCUGGCUGCUCUACAAGCUGCUCAGAAGAUUCUGAUAUUCAACAUGGAGCAGCUCUUCCAAUCCCUCCUAGACCUCAGGGGGGUGGAUUGAACUCUGUAGGCUCUAGUAAUGAACACACACCCCCGAGCAAGGGCCCAAAAAUGGGGAACUUUUUGGGCCAACAAUUCUCGACCAACUACAAACGGACCGAGGACGGCCUUUUUGGAAAUUUUUCCGGGAUAUGGUCGGAUUCAACAGAUAAUAAAGUUUCGGUUCAACAUCUUGACUCGGUCUCGUUUUCGGGACUACAACUUUUAUAGAUUUAUUUACAAUUCGUUUCUUCGUAUUUGGAAAUAAUUAGAAAAAAUACCUUUUAUUUUUCUAGAAUAUUUUCAAUAUUACGAAAAAAAAACUAAAAAAUCAGUUCUUUGCCAGCUUUAUUCUGGUUUAUCCGGUUUAUUUCUCCUAUCGCCAUAUUUUCUAGUUUUCCAUUGACCGGAAUUGUGUAUAUAUAGAAAAUAAGAACUCUUUUUAAACUCGCAAUGUUUUAUUAUUAUAGUUGAUAUUCAUUUAGUAUUUUUCACAGAUUAGAGUAAUAUAACUAUAGAUAUUAUAUAUAUUAUUUAUCAUAUAGAAAAUUUUCCAGUUUUUAGAUUUACUAUUUUUAAAUUUAAAACUUAUCAGUUAAUCUUGCUAAAAAAGUGCCUUUUGAAAUUAAAAAAAAGAUUUUGUUCGUUCAAAUAAUUCAAUCCAAUUGAUUUGUGAUUCUUUAGUCCAGUAUUAUUACAUAUUUUUUUGAGUCCUAGAAUUUCAAAGAGUUUUUUAUUAUUUUAAAUAUUAUGUUGUGAAAUUAAAACGACGACACGAUUUAGUAAAUUUUCUACUGUAAUUUCGUGGAUUUCUUAUGGUAACGUUUAUUUACAUAUAUUUAUUUUUAGCUAGCCAAAUCAUUUUUACCCAUUUCACUUGUCCAAAUAAAUUCUUAGAUUAUGAUGUUCAAAAACAGUUUUCUCUGGGAUAUCUUUUUUCAAAGAAAAUUAACACCCCCCCCCCCGCUGUCGAGUAAUGAAUGAUUUUCGUAUGGAUUUUACAAUGACAGGUUUAUUAUAAAUGAUUUUUAAUGGUUUUUUUGAUAAUAAACUGGAAAUCAUUUUAUAAAGGACUGAAGCAUAUAUACACCAAAACUUUAGUCGCCUUCCUUUGAUAGAACAGCCUGAUUCACAACGGUACCCUACAAAAUACAAUAAAAUCGUCAUUGUUACUCAGAUAAAGUUUAUGAGGGUAUCGUGAAUCAGAUUGUCCAAACUAUAAAAUGAUUUUUUAAUUGUAAUUACGUCAAUUGUUCCUUUAAAGGGAUUCAAGUGUUUUGGAAAUCUGAUCCUUUAUUUCUUUAUUUGUAAAAAUUCUAUUUAGUUUUUUACCAACUUGCAACAACUCUGUGUGAUAUUGUAUUAUUGAGAAAUUAGAUUAUUUACUAAUUAAAUCUAGUUUAUUUAGAAGCAAAUAUUUUAAACAUUUUGUAAUGAAAAAUAUCGGAAGAUUAUAGUUGACUAGCAUCACUAUCAUGUAGAACAAAAUGACCCUUUUUUACUUGAAAUUCAUUACCACAGUUUAAUUGUAUUAUUUAUAUAAUCUUUUAUAAAUUAUUUUACAAUUCUAGUAAAUGAUGAAAAAGUAUUGUUAGUAAAUAUGGGACCAAUUUUAGCAGUUUCUAUCCCCUACGAUUUAUGAAAUUUUUUACCAAAGAUUCAAAAACCUAUAAUGUACUUUUCAUCAUGUACUUUCAUAACCUAAUGUACUUUUCAUAAUCGUAAAUUAGAUAAAAGUUGGCAGUGAACUCUACUAAAAGUAUACAAAUGUAAUAUCAAGUCAAAUUUUGCCACCAGUCUCUUUAAGGAUGAUGUUGAAUUUUGCCAACAGUCUCUUUAAGGAUGAUGUUGAAUUUUGCCAACAGUCUCUUUAAGGAUGAAGUUGAAUUUUGCCAACAGUCUCUUUAAGGAUAAAGUUAAAUUUUGCCAACAGUCUCUUUCAGGAUAAAAUUGAAUUUUGCCAACAGUCUCCUUAAUGAUAAAGUUGAGUUUUGCCAACAGUCUCUUUAAGGAUGAAAUUGAAUUUUGCCAACAGUCUCUUUAAAGACGAUUACUUACUAAAAGGAACUUUAAAGAAAAGAAAUAGAUUACUAUUAUCUGUCGAAAAACAUUACUAACAAGUUUUUGUACUAAAAGUCAUUUUUUCUAUUAUUUUCAUCACAUUUCUUAAUAAAUCGUUAAAUAGA